AUGCCGCCCGGCGGCGGCGGCGUGCGCGGCGCGCGCGGCGCGGCCGAGGCGCCGCGCGAGGCGGCGCUCGCGCGCGCCUGCGCGCAGCGCUGGGCGCUCCCGGACGUCCGCCGCGGCGCGGGCUCCGGCGCCGCGCGCGUCGCGCCCGGCGGCUCCGCGCUGCUGCUCUUCGUGCACUUCGAGGACGAGGUCGCCGGCGGGCGGCGCCAGGCCUGGGCCGCGCGGCGCGAGGCGUCGCGGCUCGCGGCGCUGCUGGCGGCGCACGGCGGCGGCCGCGUCGCCGUCGCGGGCACGGGCCUCGACUACUACGAGAAGCGGCGCGACCUCGCGCUCGGCGGCGCGGCGGCCUUCGUCGCCGUCGGCGGCGCGGUCAACGCCACGAGCCGGCCGCGCUACGACGAGGCGCGCGCGCGGAACGCGGCGCUGCGCCGCGCGCGGGACCUCGCGGCGCGGGGCGGCCUGCGGAUCGCGGGCGUCGUCUUCGCGUCGGCCCGCGCGGCGUGGUGCGCCGAGGACGCCCUGCGCCUCGCGGCGACCCUGUCGUCGAGGGGCGCGGCGGGCGCCGACGUCGCCUGCGCCGCGGCGCUCGACGAGCGGGCCGACGGCGCGCCGGGCGCGAAGCUCCGCGGCGACAGCCUGGGCGCGGGCGGCCGGGGCCUCUUCUUCCGCUUCGCGCCCAAGGGCAUCGACGACCGCUACGAGCAGACCUGCGACGGCGCCCUGCGGCCGCCGUCGCAGCCCGGCGCGCCGCGGGACAACUGGAGCGGCGACCUCGUCCCGCGCGUCGGAGGCGCGCCGAAAGCCGCGCACGGCGGCGCGGCCGUGUGGCCCGCGCUCGUCUUCUCCUGCUGGUCGCCGCUGACGGCGGUGAACGCCCGGCACCUCUUCGGGGAGCUGAGCCUCGACGACGACGCCGCGCGCGGCUUCCGGCCCGCGGCGGUGCCGGCGCUCAAGUUCCGCGUCGCCGUGCGCCACAUGGGCGAGUGCGACGCGCCCGCGCCCGUCAUGCUCGUCCUCGACGUGCACCGGCGCGUCCAGUCGUCCAUCUACGGCGGCAAGGCCGUCGUCAUCUACGACGGCGCGGCCGCCGUCGCGCCGGCGCCGGACGGCGGCGCCGCGCUCGGGCGCCGGCGCGCGCCGCUCGCGCCGAACCGGUCCGACGCGGCGCUGCGCCUCUUCGGCGACUUCCCCGCCGCGGCGCCCAAGCACGUGCGCUGCUGCGGCGAGGAGGAGGACCCGGGCGGCUGCGUCUGGCGGCCCACGCUCCUGGAGCGGACCGAGGGCUCGGGCACGGCCGAGGCGCUCGAGCGCGCCGCGGCGCAGCAGGAGGCGGCCGUGCUCCGGGGCGAGGCGUCCUGGAUCGAGCGGCGCGAGGGGAAGAAGGUGCGGCGGGACCCCGCCGAGGCCCUCGCGCGGCUCCGGGACGCGGCGCGCGAGGAGGACGUCCCGGAGGACCCGCGCGACGCGUUCCGCCGGUCCUGGGCCCGGAAGCGGCGCGCGCGGGGCCGGCGCGUGCUGGGCGAGGAGGAGCCGAGCUCGCGGGACGCGAAGAACCUGCGGUCCGCCAUCCUCGAGGAGAUCGUGCGCCGGCGCGAGGUCGAGAUCGCGGCUUUGAAGAACGCGGAGGCGGACCCGCUCUACGUCGCGGACCUCGGCGACGACGACGGCGCGAAGCGCCUCAAGGCCGAGGCCAAGGCGGCCUUCACGCGCAUCGUGACGCUACCGAAGGUCAUCCCCGCGAACGCGACGGCGCCCUGGGCGUCCGCGAUCCCGCGCGUGAUCUUCCAGACGUUCCGGUCGCGGUCCGUGCCCUUCCGGCUCCACGAGGCCGUCAUGAGCUGGUCCCGCGCGAACCCGGCCUACGAGCACCGCAUCUUCGACGACGACGACAUGGGCGCGUUCGUCGUGGAGACCUUCGGCUGGGACUCGCGGGAGAUCCGCGCGCUGAACGCGGCGCCGUCGGGCGCGCGGCUGCGCGCGCAGCGCGCGGACCUCUUCCGCUACCUCGUGAUCCACGCCCACGGCGGCGUCUACGCGGACGCCGACUCCGUCUGCGUCCGGCCCCUCGACGCCUGGCUCGACGCCGACGAGGACCGGCUGGUCGUCGCGCUCAACGGGCCGCCGCGCUUCGACGUGAGCCAGUGGGCCUUCGCCGCGCCGCCGGGGCACCGCGUCCUCGCCGCGGCCGCGGCGCUCGCCGUGGACAACCUGCUCCGGAGCUCGGGCAACCUGCCGCGGAAGCGCGGCGCGAAGAAAGCCGGCGCCUUCCCGAAGAACUUCACCGCGCGGCCGCCGAACGUCGUGCCCGUGUUCCGGGGCCUCCGCCGCGUCUUCCGCGAGGACCCGCCGGCGGCCCUCGCGGCCUCGGAGCCGGCCCUCGCCGCGGCGGCGGCGCGGGACCGCGAGACCAAGGGCGGCUACGACGUCGAGGCCCGCUGGGAGUGCCCCGUGGCCAACGUCAACCAGAUCGGCGACGAGGGGCUCACGGGGCCGCCCGUGCUCCAGGCGGCGCUCGAGGCCGUCGCCUACGCCGACGCCGGCGUCGGCGCCAAGCUCAAGCUCCCGACCGUGCUCCUCUCGUCCGACGAGCGCCUCCAGUUCACGCGGAAGGACGGCUCGCCGGACCCGGCGGUCGCGCGCGCGACGGCGAACCGGCCGCUGUCGCUCGGCGAGAGGUUCGCCGUCCGCGCGGCCUUCCGCGAGCUCGUGAGCCUGCGCCCGCCGGAGUUCGGCGCGGCCAUCAACUCCAAGUACGCCGACGAGCAGUCCUACAAGGACGACCUCGCGACCGCGGGCGUGAAGCACUGGUCCGACGCGUGGGCCGAGUACGACAUGGGCAUCUACAACAUCCUCAACCCGCAGACGCCGCCGACGCCCAAUCCGACGCCCGAAGUCCCGGAGACGCCCGCGCCGACGCUCGCGCCCGUGGGGCGCGAGGACCUCGGCAGGCAGCUCGACGCGAUCCUCGAAUCCGCGCGGCGCGCGCGCGAGCGGCGCGAGAGCGCGGAGCGGGGCGUCGAGGCCCUGUGGGCGCCGGCGAGCGCCACGACGUCGUCGCUGCGCCUCGCCCUGUCCAACGUCGAGGUCGCGCUGACGCUGCUGCGCGAGCGCGGGCGCUACUUCGUCGCCGCCGAGGAGUGCGCCGGCCUCCUGCGCGCGGCGCCGCCGGAGGACGACAACGGGCGCGACGCCUACACGACGGCGCUCACGCGCUGCGUCGAGGCGCGCGCGUUCCUCGCGGAGCGCACGAGUUCCUUCGCGGGCGCCAAGGACGAGCUCCGGCGCGUCGACGCGGUGCUCGCGGCGGCGCUCGACGGCGUCCGGGCCGCGCUCGCGGCGCGCGCGGACCGCUUCGGCGACGCGGCGCUGCUCCGCGACGGCAAGUGGCGCGCGGCGGCCGCGGCCGACGACGAGGACGCGCGCGCCGCGUGGCUCUGGGGCGCGUGCGCCGUCGUCGCGGGCGCCGACGACGACGACGACGACGCGCGGAACUCCGACGACGACGACGCGCCGGACCACCUCGAGCCGCUGCGCACGGCGACGACGGGCGGGUCGUCGCCGCGGCGCCGCCGGUCCGGCGACGGCCCGCGCGUCGCGCUCGCGAAAGCCUACGGGACCGCGCGGCGCACGCGCGGCGAGGGCGCCGUGCGCGCGUACCUCGACGCCGCGCCGCCGCCGCGCCACGACGUGCCCUACGGCCUCGGGAGCCACGGCCUGCUCCGGACCUACGCGUUCUGCCGCGCGGGCUUGGCGGGCGAGCGGUCCGCGGCGCGCGCGCUCGCGCGCGGCGCGCUCGGCGGCGCGGCGCCGCGCGAGGCCCUCGCCGCCGCCGCCGCGGCGCCCUACCUCGACCUGCUCAAGCGGUCGUCGCGGCGGGCGCUCGCGGCGAUCGCGUCCGCGCCGGGCGCGCGCGGCGACGACGGCUCCGUCGCCGCGCGGCGCGAGGCCGCGCGGUGCGCCCUCGACCUCUUGCUGCGGCACCGCGCGUCGGCGGAGCGGCCCCUGCGCAAGGCCUGCAAGCAGCUCGACCGGUCCCUGCUGCCGCGGCUCGACGAGCUCGCCGCGGAUUUGACGCAGGGGGCCGUGGACGCGCUCCGCGCGGCGCUCGACGCCGUCGCGGGCGACGGCUCCGCGGACGGCGACGCGCUCGCGCUCGCGGGCGCCGCCGCGGCCUGCGUGCGGCGCCUGCUCGCGCCGCCGACGCGCGCGGCCUUUAGCCUCCUGCGCCUCGCGCCGGGCGGCGCGCCGCCGCCGUGGGCGCGCGACGCGCCGGGCCGCCGCGCGGCGCUGAGCGCGUCCAUGGUCGCGGCCGCGGACGCGCGCGACGCCCUGCUGUGUUUGCGGGCCGUGAGCUCCGACUUUGGCUACGCGGCCUUGAAGGGCGCGGACGCGCGGCGCGCGGCCGCGGCCGCGGAGUCGCCGCGGCGGCCGACGCUCCGCGGCGCGGCCAAGGCCGUCAUCGCGACGACGGCCGACCUCAAGCGCCUCGUCGCGGACCCCUGGGAGGCGUUCUACGCGCGCAACGCGCACCGGCCCUUCUCGUCCAAGCACCAGGACAAGUACACGCGCUGGGCGCCGAGCCUCGUCGACGCGGCCCUCGACCGCUGCUUCGACCCGGGCCGCGCGACCGCGCCGCGGCGCCCCUCGACGCACUGGGCGGGCGCGGCGGCCCAGGCCGCGCUGCCGCCGUAA